CCUACGGGAAGUUCCUUCUUUUUCUCCGAGCGACCGACUGCUGUUUCAAGGCUACUGUUCUCCGUCUCGUCAGAAACAUUAUGUCUUCUUGGAGUAUGGAACCUGUAUGGAAACAAAAGUGGUAUCUUCAGCUGGGCUGUAUACUGAUACUGAACUUGGUUUAUGCCAAUCUAGACUAUCAAAAAGAGACUCCUGCAAGCUUGGGUCAGAUUGACAAUCAUUGCUGGGAGGUAUCAUCCCAUGGGCUGGUGGAAAUGAAGAAACUGAAACUAGCAGAUACAGUUGCUGAUCUCUGGGACUUCAUGAUGUUCCUAAAGGAAUCCCCCAAGCCCAAGCACAAUGAACUCUUCAACGAUUUAGCCCAGGAUUUCUGGGAUAUAUAUGUAGACUGUGUGCUCUCAAGAUCUCAUGGAAUGGGCAGAAGACAACUAAUGUCUCCCAAAUAUUCUUCCACAUACUCAUAUAGAACUUUAGAAGGGUCAGCUUUCACCAACCCAUUUUAGGCCAAAAGGGGAGAAAAUGAAGAUGCCUCAACAAGGUACCAUCAUAAUGAAGGAGCACAAAAACACAGCAUAUACUGUAGAUGCUUAGACACAUCCAUGUUUCAACUUUUUUCUUUUUGCUGUACUUAAUCACUGCUAAACUAAGUAUGUGAGCUCCCACAUUGUCACUUUUGCUCUCAUGUCUUGCAAUCUACCAAGGUCGCCUUUUUCCCACUGUACAUGUGAAUGCUUUUGUGUUUUUAGUCAACUUCUUUUUUCUCUCAGGUAAGCAUGUAAGUCUGAACCGGUGUUGUAUUUUUGUAGAGGUUCAUCUUUUCCGAUAAUUCUUUUUUAAAAGUUAACUUGGAUG